GUCUCCGGUCCCGACUACGAGGAGGAUGAGGAGUACGAAGAGGCGCUGCCCGUUCACCAGUACAUCGUGGACGACUUGAUCCGAGUUGAACCUGUGGUUAAGCCCAAGCCAACAAAGAGGGGGGGUGAGAAGAAUGCCGGCAAAUCAAGAAGGAAGAAAAACAAAGGGAAAAACAAAAAGAAAGGGACUCCCUGUGAAAUGGAAUACAAAAACUUUUGCAUCCAUGGUGAAUGCAUUUACCUAGAACAUCUGCAGAUGGUUACCUGCAAGUGUCAUCAGGAUUUUUUUGGUGAGCGCUGUGGUGAACAGUUCAUGAAGACUCAACGGAAGAAUGAUGUGGCAGACUACUCGAAGACUGUGUUGGUAGUGGUAGCUGUCCUGCUUUCAAGCAUCAGCUUCAUUACUGUACUUAUCAUUGUGAUAGUGCAGGUCAGGAAAAAGUGUCCUCAGUAUGAAGAGAAAGAAGAAAGGAAAAAACUUCGACAAGAAAAUAGAAAUGGCCACAUUGGUGUGUAA